UGAGCCAGUUGAGGAUAUAAAGGUAAUGUGCUGUGAGGCAACCUAUCUUCACUGCGCUGGGGAGUGCGGAAGACACAGGACGCAGCUGGGCUGAGAGAGAGAGAGAGAGUGUGUGUGUGAGUGAGCGAGAGAGAGAGAGGCGGAGUAGGAAAGUUGCAAUUUAAAAAGACAAUUGGACAAUUGACGGCUCUCAGACUUGAGUUGCAACCAUGGGGCUGGGAAAAGGGAAAGAUGAGUACAAACUGGCGGCCACCUCAGACGAAGGGGCCAAGAAGGCCAAGAAGGGGGGCAAGAAGGACAAGAAGGAUAUGGACGAACUGAAAAAAGAAGUCGACCUGGAUGAUCACAAGUUAACCUUCGAUGAACUUCACAGGAAAUAUGGGACUGAUCUUACCCGGGGUCUUUCCUGCGCCAGAGCAAAAGAGAUCCUGCUCCGCGACGGCCCCAACGCCCUCACGCCUCCUCCCACCACGCCAGAAUGGGUUAAAUUCUGUAAACAGCUGUUCGGUGGUUUCUCCAUGCUGCUGUGGAUCGGCGCCAUGCUCUGCUUCCUGGCUUACGGGAUCCAGGCGGCCUCAGAAGACGAACCCAUGAACGACAACUUGUACCUUGGUGUUGUGCUUUCCGCUGUCGUCAUCAUCACUGGCUGCUUCUCUUACUACCAAGAGGCCAAGAGCUCCAAGAUCAUGGACUCCUUCAAGAACCUGGUCCCACAGCAAGCCCUGGUCAUCCGCGACGGUGAGAAGCAAAGCAUCAACGCCGAGGAGGUGGUGGUCGGGGAUUUGGUGGAAGUGAAAGGCGGCGACCGGAUCCCUGCUGAUCUGCGAAUUGUCAACGCCCACGGCUGCAAGGUGGAUAACUCCUCUCUCACUGGUGAAUCGGAGCCACAGACCCGUACUCCUGACUUCUCCAACGACAACCCGCUGGAGACCAGGAACAUUGCUUUCUUCUCCACCAACUGUGUUGAAGGAACCGCCAAAGGAAUCGUCAUCAACACCGGAGACCACACUGUCAUGGGACGUAUCGCCAGCCUGGCUACAAGUCUGGAGAGCGGCAAAACUCCCAUCGCUAAGGAGAUCGAGCACUUCAUCCACAUCAUCACCGGUGUGGCUGUCUUCCUCGGUGUGUCUUUCUUCGUCCUCUCCCUCAUCCUCGGGUAUGGCUGGCUGGAGGCCGUCAUCUUCCUCAUCGGUAUCAUCGUCGCCAACGUGCCAGAAGGUCUCUUGGCCACUGUCACUGUGUGUCUGACCCUGACUGCCAAGCGUAUGGCCAAGAAGAACUGCCUGGUGAAGAACCUGGAAGCCGUGGAGACCCUGGGCUCCACCUCCACCAUCUGCUCCGACAAAACCGGCACCCUGACCCAGAACAGGAUGACCGUGGCCCACAUGUGGUUCGACAACCAGAUCCACGAGGCCGACACCACAGAGAACCAGAGCGGCGCCUCCUUCGACAGGAGCUCGGCCACCUGGGCCGCCCUCGCCAGAAUCGCCGGGCUCUGCAACCGCGCCGUCUUCCUGGCCGAGCAGGGCAGCGUUCCCAUCCUGAAGAGAGAUGUGGCCGGUGACGCCUCAGAAGCCGCUCUGCUCAAGUGUAUCGAGCUGUGCUGCGGAUCCGUCGGCGGCAUGAGAGACAAAUACACCAAGGUCUCUGAGAUCCCCUUCAACUCCACCAACAAGUACCAGCUUUCCAUCCACAAGAACAACACCCCCGGAGAGACCAACCACCUGCUGGUGAUGAAAGGCGCCCCGGAGAGGAUUCUGGACCGCUGCUCCAGCAUCAUGAUCCAAGGCAAGGAGCAGGAUCUGGACGACGAGAUGAAGGACGCUUUCCAGAACGCGUACGUGGAGCUGGGAGGACUCGGAGAGAGAGUUCUGGGCUUCUGCCACUACAGCCUGUCCGAUGAGCAGUUCCCAGACGGCUUUGCAUUCGACACAGACGAAGUGAACUUCCCCACUGAGAAGCUGUGCUUCAUCGGCCUCAUGUCCAUGAUCGAUCCUCCUCGUGCCGCCGUGCCUGACGCCGUCGGCAAAUGCAGGAGCGCCGGAAUCAAGGUUAUCAUGGUAACGGGUGACCAUCCAAUCACAGCCAAGGCUAUUGCUAAGGGUGUGGGUAUCAUUUCUGAAGGCAACGAGACUGUUGAGGACAUCGCUGCCCGCCUGAACGUCCCAGUGUCAGAGGUCAACCCCAGGGAUGCCAAGGCCUGCGUCGUGCACGGAGGCGAGCUGAAAGAUAUGACAGAGGAGCAUCUCGACGAUAUCCUGAAGUACCACACUGAGAUCGUCUUUGCCAGAACCUCGCCUCAGCAGAAGCUGAUUAUUGUGGAGGGUUGCCAGAGACAGGGCGCCAUCGUGGCCGUGACAGGUGAUGGUGUGAACGACUCUCCUGCGCUGAAGAAGGCCGACAUCGGCGUUGCCAUGGGGAUCGCUGGGUCUGACGUCUCCAAGCAGGCCGCUGACAUGAUCCUGCUGGACGACAACUUUGCCUCCAUCGUUACCGGCGUGGAAGAAGGUCGUCUGAUCUUUGACAACUUGAAGAAGUCCAUCGCCUACACUCUGACCAGUAACAUCCCCGAGAUCUCACCCUUCCUCCUCUUCAUCAUCGCCAACAUCCCUCUGCCCCUGGGAACCGUCACCAUCCUCUGUAUCGACCUGGGAACCGACAUGGUCCCUGCCAUCUCCCUGGCUUAUGAAGAAGCUGAGAGCGACAUCAUGAAGAGACAGCCCAGAAAUCCCAAAACGGACAAACUGGUGAACGAGAGGCUCAUCAGCAUCGCCUACGGACAGAUCGGUAUGAUGCAGGCCACAGCUGGCUUCUUCACAUAUUUCGUCAUCCUGGCUGAAAACGGUUUCCUCCCCAUGGACCUGUUGGGGAUCCGAAUGGACUGGGACGACAAAUACGUCAACGACCUGGAAGACAGCUACGGACAGCAGUGGACGUACGAGCGCAGAAAGAUCGUAGAGUUCACCUGCCACACGGCGUUCUUCGCCAGCAUCGUGGUCGUCCAGUGGGCCGAUCUGAUCAUCUGCAAGACCAGGAGGAACUCCAUCAUUCAACAAGGAAUGAGGAAUCGCAUCCUCAUCUUUGGGCUGUUUGAGGAAACCGCUCUGGCAGCUUUCCUGUCAUACUGCCCGGGCAUGGACGUUGCCCUGAGAAUGUAUCCCCUCAAGCCAUGCUGGUGGUUCUGUGCCUUCCCCUACUCCCUCCUCAUCUUCCUGUACGAUGAGGCCAGAAGAUAUAUACUCAGACGCAACCCAGGCGGUUGGGUUGAACAGGAGACAUACUACUGAGGCGACACGACACAUUCAAGAAAGGAGCAGUCAGUGUUUCAGCUUUAUUUACUGCCGUGUUACAUACAUGAAAAAAAGACAACAACACCAAACACUGAUAAUUUAAUAUCUUAAUGUAUUUCAUUCGCAAUAAAACAUUUCUGUACCAUUGUACACCUGA